AUGGCUACCCCUGCAACAACCACGGUCAAGAAGUCACCAGCUAUGAGAGCACUAACUGCCAGGUUGAAGGAAAUACAGCUCUCCUUCAACGAUAUUUGGCGAUUUGUGCAAAAGUUUAAGGAGUCCAACACAAUUACCGAGGUCCAAAUACGCUUGGGUAAGUUGGACGAGCUUUGGGAAGCGUUUAGUGGCACCUUAGUCGAAAUAUUUUCCCACGAUGACUACGAUGCUGAAGGAAACGCGUUUGAAAAGGAGCGAAUGGAGUUUAGUGACCGUUACUACGAAGCCAAAUCCUUCCUAAUGGAUAAAGCUAGAGAACUGCAGGCGCCUCAAGUCCUUGAGCAAUCUAGCAGUGCUAGAGAUUCGUCAAUGCGGAAUGGCACCGACCAUGUUCGCCUACCACAAAUUCAACUGCAGACAUUCAAUGGAAACAUCGACGAAUGGUUAAGCUUCCGGGAUCUUUUCACCUCACUCAUUCACUGGAAGGAGGACCUACCCGAGGUGGAAAAAUUCCAUUAUUUGAAGGGGUGUUUGCAAGGAGAACCCAAGAGCCUGAUCGAUCCGUUGCAGAUUACAAAAGCCAAUUAUCAGGUGGCGUGGGAUUUGUUGUUAAAACGGUAUAACAACAGCAAAUUGUUAAAGAAGCGGCAGGUUAUCUCGUUGUUCAAGCUGCCAAUGCUCUCUAAGGAAUCCGCAAUGGAGCUGAAUGCCCUGGUGGAAGGGUUCGAGAGAAUUAUACAGACUCUCGAUCAGGUGGUGCAAUUAGCCGAUUUCAAGGACCUUUUACUUGUUAAUAUCCUUACGGCACGGCUCGAUCCCGUUACUCGGAGGGGGUGGGAGGAGAUGUCGGCAUCACGUGAGAAGGAUUCUUUGGUAGACCUGCUUGAUUUCCUUCACCGUAAAAUACAGGUUUUGCAGUGCCUCCCACAGCGGCCCGUGGAUAACAAGGGAAUUCAGCAGCACCAACCGCAGCAAAAACAAAGAGCGUUGAUGACCAGGACAAACUGCAAUUCAUCUCAAGUGUCUGGAGGACGCUGUGUAGCUUGCUCGUCGAACCACCCUCUCUACCAAUGUAAUACUUUCCAACACAUGAAUGUGGCCGACAGAGAUGCUUUACUGAAAUCUAACUCGUUAUGCCGAAACUGCUUCAGGGCAGGUCACAUGGCUAAAGAUUGCCAAUCCAAAUAUUCUUGCCGUAAUUGCAAGAGUCGCCACCACACAUUGGUCUGUUUCAAACCGGAAAGGAAUCGUGAUGCAAAGGUUUCAGCUGCUUCUCGUGCUGACAAGCCAGCUAUGCAGGACGAAUCAUCUCAAGUGGCAAACCUGGCUGCCACAAACGUGUUCGUUUCGGGUGCAGAACAUCAAUAUUCUGCUAAGGUUCUGUUAGCUACAGCUGUCGUCAUAAUCGAGGAUGAUGACGGUAACCGGUAUCCUGCCCGCGCUUUACUAGAUUCUGGAUCGGAAGGCAACUUCGUCACUGAACGAUUGAGUCAAAGGCUGAAGGUGAGCCGCGAUCGAGUGGAAGUCUCAGUCCUUGGCAUUGGACAUACGACUACCAAGGUUAAGCAAAAAAUUCGAGCUACGAUACGUUCCCGUAUAUCAUCAUUUUCAAGGGAAUUAAGCUUUUUAGUACUUCCGAAGGUUACGGUGAAUCUUCCUACCAGCAAUAUAAAUACGGAGCGGUGGGAGAUUCCGAACGGAGUGCAAUUGGCGGAUCCGACAUUCUUCGAGUCUAAAGCGGUGGAUUUGGUUCUGGGCAUAGAGGCAUUUUUCGAUUUCUUCGAGACUGGUAGAAGGAUUUCUCUGGGACAACAUAUGCCAACACUCAGUGAAUCCGUUUUCGGUUGGGUUGCCUGCGGCGGGCAUACACAUCAAACACAGUCUCUUCAAAUCAAAUGCAAUCUUUCAGCGGUUGAAAGUUUGGACAAAUUGAUCACCCGGUUUUGGUCUUGCGAGGAAAUAGAGUCUGGUAAGGCUUUUUCAUUGGAGGAAAAGCGCUGCGAAGAGCUGUUUUCGCAAACGGUCAAACGUAACCCUGACGGUAGGUACACCGUCUCCUUACCAAAGGAUGAAGCCAUUCUCUCAAGGUUAGGCGAGUCACGGGACAUCGCAUUUCGGCGGCUUCAAGAGACGGAGCGUAGAUUGGCCAGAGACGAGUCACUACACGAACAAUACACAAACUUCAUGCAGGAAUACUUGCAGCUCGGGCAUAUGCGGAAGGUCGAAGAGGGUGAGGUGGAUACAAUUAAGCGAUGCUACCUACCUCAUCAUCCGGUGGUCAAGGAGUCCAGUACCACCACCAAGGUUCGAGUGGUCUUUGACGCGUCCUGUAAAACGACUUCUGGGGAGUCGUUGAACGAUUUGUUACUGGUGGGGCCAGUGAUCCAAGAAGAUCUCCGGUCCAUAAUACUUCGUAGUCGAACGAAGCAAAUAAUGCUGGUGUCCGACGUGGAAAAAAUGUUCCGUCAAAUUAAGGUGUGUCAGGAAGACCGCCCAUUGCAAUGUAUCCUGUGGCGCUCGUCUCCAAUUCAUGAUGUUGACACCUACGAAUUGAAUACCGUGACGUACGGUACCAAACCUGCACCAUUCUUGGCGACCAGAACGCUGAAAAAACUGGCGGUAGACGAGGAGGAUAAUUUUCCGUUCGCUGCAAGGGCUAUUAUGGAGGAUACAUACAUGGACGAUGUAAUAACAGGGUCGGAUGAUCCGGAAUCGGCACGAACUUUGCGGGUUCAACUAGAUUCGAUGACGAAGAAAGGAGGGUUCAGGUUACGAAAAUGGGCAUCAAACUGCUCUGAUGCAUUGAGUGGGGUUCCAAAGGAGGAGCUAGCAAUCCAAUCAUCGGAAGAGAUCAACUUGGAUCCCGAUCCUUCGAUAAAAACUUUGGGGUUGACUUGGAUGCCAGUUACCGACACGCUUAAAUUUCAAUUUAAGAUUCCAAUUCUCAACCCUAGCGUACCGCUUACAAAGCGAAACAUUCUGUCGGUCAUUGCUACAUUAUUUGACCCUUUGGGUUUGCUGGGAGCGGCAAUAACUUCGGCAAAAAUUUAUAUGCAGCUGUUGUGGACACUUCGUGAUAAAAACGGGCAAAGACUGAAUUGGGAUCAGUCACUACCCUCAACGGUGGGUGAGAUUUGGAUCAAGUACCACCAACAAUUGUCUAUGCUUAAUACCAUUCGCAUCGAGCGUUGUGUAGUCAUUCCCAAGGCAGUGUCUCUUCAAUUUCACUGCUUUUCGGACGCUUCGGAGAAAGCGUACGGCGCGUGUCUCUACGUGAAGAGUUGGAACUCAGACGGUGAGGUAUGGGUACGAUUACUAACCUCCAAAUCACGGGUUGCACCUUUACAAGUGCAAACCAUUCCUAGGCUGGAAUUAUGCGGAGCUCGUCUCGCUGCCCAGUUGUUCGAGAAGGUUUCUCGGUCAAUAAAAUUUACUGCACCAGUAUAUUUUUGGACGGACUCCACCUGCGUCCUGCGUUGGAUACGAGCAACUCCAGCUACAUGGACAACUUACGUGGCCAAUCGGGUGGCCAAAAUUCAAUCACUUACCGAGAUUUCCCAGUGGAACCAUGUUCCCGGAAUCCAUAACCCGGCCGAUCUGAUUUCCAGAGGGAUUGCGCCGGAGGACAUCGUUCACAAUCCGUUUUGGUGGCAAGGACCGCAGUGGUUGGCGAAAGAAGAGGAUGAAUGGCCACGUUUUCCAGAAACUUCACGGGCAGCAGAAGAAGAAGCAGAGGAAAAACGUCGCACCGUAUAUGCCGGAACGGUUUCAUCGGUCACCGAGUUCAAUAACGCAUACCUAACCCGCUUUUCGUCGUACACAGACCUAACUCGUCGAACAGCUUACUGGUUGCGUUUGAAACGGCUUCUGCGCACGAAGAAAAAGAAGGAUUCCUCUUUCUUAUCUACCAAAGAACUAAAGGAAGCGGAAACCGCACUGAUCAGUUUAGUCCAACAGGAGGUAUUUGUUGAGGAGCGUAAGGCAUUAAUGAAAAAGGAAGCGGUUUCCAGAAGGUCACCAUUACGAUGGUUUAAUCCAUACCUGUCGGAGAAUCAGGUAAUCCUCUUGGGAGGGCGUCUUAAGCACGCAUUAGAAUCAGAGAACGUAAAGCACCCAGUAGUUCUACCAGCCAACCAUUACUUCACGCGUCUGCUUUUACGAUAUUACCAUGAACGCCUUUUGCACGCUGGGCCUCAAUUGCUAUUAAGUGUUGUUAGACUUAAAUUUUGGCCAUUAGGAGGAAGGAGUGUUGUGAGACAUAUCAUACACCGCUGUAUGACCUGCUAUCGGACUAAACCUACCACAGUUCAGCAAUUGAUGGGCGACUUACCAACAGCACGAGUUACCGUUUCUCGUCCAUUUUUGCGAACAGGUGUGGACUACUUUGGACCCAUUUACGUCAGACCCGCUCCGAGACGUCCAGUAGUUAAAGCCUAUGUGGCAAUUUUUAUUUGCAUGUGUACCAAGGCCGUGCACCUAGAACUCGUCACAGACUUGUCAACCGAUAAGUUCUUACAAGCCCUGCGACGAUUUGUGUCGAGAAGAGGCCGCUGCGCAGAAAUGUUUUCCGAUAACGGCACCAACUUUGUCGGAGCACGAAAUAAACUGCAGGAUUUUCUAAAACUGCUUCGGAACAGCAAGCAUCACGACAUCGUUACCAAAGAACUGACAGAGGAGGGAAUUCAGUGGCACUUUAACCCACCUAGUGCACCCCACUUUGGAGGCUUGUGGGAAGCAGCAGUUCGUUCAGCUAAAACCCACUUAUUAAAGGUGGUUGGAGAGAAUCCCGUGUCCCCUGAAGAUAUGACGACGCUAUUAGCUCAGGUGGAAGCAUGCCUUAAUUCUCGCCCUCUCACCCCCAUGUCCGAUGAUCCCAACGAUCUGCAACCUUUAACGCCUGCACAUUUUCUGGUAGGAGAAUCACUCCAAGCAUUACCAGAACCAAAUUUGGAGGAUCUACCAACCAACCGAUUAAAUCACUGGCAGUUAAUGCAGCGAAAAUUGCAAGUUUUCUGGAGGAGGUGGCGCAGAGAAUUUUUAUGUCAACUACAGGGGAGAACUAAGCGUUGGAAACCAGCUGUUCCGGUCGGCAUAGGUCAAUUAGUCAUCAUCCAAGAUGACAAUCAACCCCCCAUGCGGUGGAAAAUAGGAAGGAUAAUUCAAGUUCAUCUUGGCGGUGAUGGUACGAUAAGGGUGGUUACAUUGAAAACCGCCAGUGGAACCCUAAUGCGCCCAGUAGAGAAAAUCUGCAUUUUACCAUUUGCGGACAACACCGAGCUUCAAGACGCAACAACCGACAGUCAUCAAUCCUGA